AUGGAAAAAAAAUCCAGUGAAAACAUUCUCCAGACUAUUCAGCAUACAGAUAAAACUAUUUUAAAGAUUACCGAAUGCAUACAAAUGAUACAGAAUUCCGAAAACAAAUUAAAUUUGUGGGCACCCGUAGUUUUGCAAUCAAUGAUGGGCUUCAAUUCUGCUUGUCAAAGUUAUUGUUCCAUUCAAGUAUGUGACUAUAACAGUGAUUUGAGCUGUUACAGUGUUUCUUCUAAAGGCACAAAUAUAAAUACGUUAGUACCUCAAUGUUCAGAUACAUGUCACAACUCUCAAGAAGUUUAUCAACUAAAAGAACAACUUCAAAAUGCCAUCAAUGAAAACCAAGAACUUCUUUUUAGAUACAAAUCUAUAACCGAACGAAACGACUUAUUGGUAAAAGCAUUGAAUCGUCCGGCUGUGUUUAAAAAAAUAGAAGGAUGCAUACAAUUUCCUGGAAAGAAAGAAAUGGAAGGAAAACUUACAGAAUUAAAAGCAGAAAUAUUGCGUUUGAAUUCUGAGAUAAAAGAUGUACACAUAACUCAAUUGAAAUUAAAUUCAGUCAAAGAAAUUCUUGACCAAUUUAAUGCUACUCACUGUCAGUGUGCAAGUCCUUCAUUUAAAGACCAGAUGAAUACAAGUAUCAAAGUUCAAAAACAAGAAAUUCGACAAAUCGAAUUGCAAUUAAAACAGAAGAAUAAUGAAUUGAAUAAUAUUGAAUCUGCUUAUGAAGAUGUCGUUAAGACAAAUAAUAAAAUUACUGAUUCACAUAAACAACUAGCUGAUGGCAUAAUAGAAUUAUUGAAAAAGAUAGAAGAGUACAAUUUAGAAGGUUUUAAAGAUUUAUUAAACGAUUUGAACAAAAACAACGAAGAGAUCGAAACAAUGGAAUUGAUUAUCAAAGAGCGUAGUAAUGAAAUUAAUGAAUGCGAUGAAAAGUUGAGACAUGUACAACACGAAACCAAAGAUAUCACUCAUAAAACGAAAAAAUUGGAAAAUGCGAUGAAAAAUCUUUUUAACGAUUUCAAUGAAUCAUAUAAUAAAUUAGAAUCAGUUUACAAAGAACAGCUGGAGGAAUUGUUGGCACUACCUAAAGUUUUAAAAGAAACACAUAUUAAACUACAAGAAGAGACUGAUCUUAGAGUAUUAGCAGAAGAAUCAAUGAAUAAACUGGAACGCGAUAUUAGACAAAUGGAAAGYUUAAAAAGUCCAUAUCAAAAUGAUGAUGAGACAAUAAAUCCAGAAAUUGAUGAUGAACAAUUAAAAAUAGAAGACGAAAAUAAAGUUAUCGAAUCAAAAUUAAAAUCUCUCGAAGAAAACAUCGAGAUAGCUGUAGAACGCAUGGAUAAAGAAGCUCAGGAACUAAACGCUGUAAAUCUACAAAUCCAAGAAGCUAUUGCAGAAAGCACCAAACACAUAAACGCAUUCCAAAAUUUUUCAAAAAUACAUUUGGAAAAAAUAGUUAACGACUUGCAUAGAUUACAAGAGAUUUUGACGCAAUCACAAAGCAGAGAGUGUGAGAAAGUUCUCGUAAAAAAAUCGUUCAUGAAUCAUUUGAAAGAUAAAAUAACUUCGAUUAAUCAGAAUGUGGAGUCGUGUAAGCAAGAAAUGUGUAUUCUUCUGGAGAAACCAAAUGAUCAUAACAUAAUGCCAUGA